GUUCCCGGGCACAGCCCGUGCUGGGCGGGGGGAGCUGCCAGCCCGGCCCCCGCCGCUGCGGCGCUGCCGCUCCUGCAACCGGCGGAGAACCCGCCGGGCGGGAACAACCCCCCAGGAACUCCGGGGGCUGCGGGAACUGCUAAAAGGUCUCAAUUUCCCCGUAGGGGGCAAAAUGCUAUUUGCAUGCACUAUGCUUACAGCAGUUUGGUUGUUGGUGCACAUCACAGCAGAAGGAUGCGGCCAAGGCAAUGAGCCUGCUAGCAAACCUCCCCACAGCGCUGCCGAAAUAUGUGACAAAGGGAACAUGACAAUUAACACCGGUCCUCAUGUCCAGCCUGGGACCAACAUCAUCCUCUCGUGCCAGCUGAACCGACACACUGAUCGGUGCAGGAUUGCUAUUUUCUUCAACAGCUUUGAACUAAUUAACAAUUACAGCAGCUCAGUAAGCACCGAGUUUCAAGUCUAUGCAUACGGCAAACACAUGUUCACGUGCAAAAUAGUUUGUGAAUACAAGAGAAAACUCGUUUGUGGAAUUGAUAUAGAAUCUGGAAAUCCUCCAGAGGAGCCAACAAACGUGUCGUGUAUCCAGUAUGGGACAGAUGGACACCCCACCUGUACCUGGGAUAAAGGGAGGCUCACGUACAUCAGCACUAAAUAUGUCCUACAACUAUCAAAUGGGACAGACGUCUCAUGUGUUUCAGAAGAAAGUCUGAAUCAGAGGUUUGGCUCGCUGGCUCUGAGCAAGUUGAAUUUUGACUCUACUUACACCCUUGUGGUCGCCGCCUCCAAUGAGCUCGGAAGUGCUUUUUCACAGCCGCUCGCCUUCACGCUAACAGACAUAGUGAAACCACAUCCUCCCAACUUUUCAGUGGAAUUUGACAAUUCUUCUACGACCAACUGCAGCUUUUUUUGGCACAGUGACACGCGAGGGCUGCACUGCAGGCUGAGAUACCGACCGCUCACCAGCCACACCUGGAGCAUGGUUGAAAGCUUAACCAGUGAGAAAUGCAGCCUUGGUGGGCUGGAGCCUCACACGACUUACGAGUUCCAGGUCAGCUGUAAAAUUCACCCUGAGCGAGGGCUGUGGAGCAGCUGGCGUGGGUACCAAACCCAGACCCCAGAGGCAGCACCAACCGGGAUCCUGGACGUUUGGUACCGACAGCAGGACCUGGACUCCCAAAGGCAGAACAUCUCUCUUUUCUGGAAGGCUCUGAGCACAUCGGAGGCGAGAGGCAGGAUCCUGGGGUACACAGUGACCUUCGAAGCCCUGGGCCAGUGGAGUCACCCAGCAGGAGAAGCCCAUCUCACCGCCCAAACCAGCUACACCAGGGUCACACCAAGGGAGGGCUACAAGGUCACAGUCACUGCCGAGAACUCCAGGGGCAAGUCCCCCCCUGCAUCCAUCAUCACCAAUCCGGGCACCCAGGACCUUCCUCCUCCUCAGCAAGUCUCUGCUGUGGCCGUGGGGAACAGCAGCAUCCUGGUGAGCUGGAAAGCGCCCGCCAGCCCCUCCGUGCCUGUUGGUGGGUACGUGGUGGAGUGGGCAGAGAUGCAGAGGGACCCGCGUCCAGCCUGGGUCCGGCUCCCAGCGUCCAACCUGUCCACAGUGAUCACAGAGCACAUUAAAGACAACGUGUGCUAUCAGAUCAGCGUGUUCGCGCUCUAUCGGGACAGAGCCGGACGAGCAGCAUCAGUCUGGGGAUACUCAAGAGCAGAAGCACCAUCAGCUGGGCCCCAGAUGCAUAUGACACCACGCGCAAACGGCAUCUUUGUUUCCUGGGAAGCAAUCGCUGCCCAACAGCAAGCAGGCUGCACCCCUGGGUACCACAUGUACCUGCAGAAAGGGGACGGGCAGGGACCCCCGGACAUCUACGGUGAUGGGGACUGGGUGACUAUUGUGCUCACCUGCAGCUUCUUUAUCUUCUCAGCCUGUGUGUGUUCUGUCCCUCCAGCGAGAAAACUGUUACACUCGCUCCUCUCUGCGGUUAUGCCACAGUGGCAGAGCAAAGCCAUCCCAGACCCAGCUAAUGCUACGUGGGCUAAAAACUACAUCUCUGUGAAGGCUGAGCUGAGCUUUUCCUCCAGCCUGUUCCUACCCAGCGCUGGCAGCUUUGAAGAGCCCGAAACAACACAUGUAGAAGAAGCUUUCAUCAAGACAGACCCCCUGGCCCUUGGGGACAAGUUUUUUGGCACUAUUGGCACUGGUGACGGGUCACCAGCAGGUGGUGUGGAGCAGGAGGAGAUGGGGUAUGGGGCUGUCCCCAGCACGGCAGAUGGGGACGUCCCGGAGCAGCAGCUCCACGACCUCUACCAGCGGCUGGUGGAGGUGACAGAGGUGACGGAGCUGACAGAGCACACACAACCUGUCUCUGACUACAUCGCCAACCCUGUCACCAACACAGCCCCCACGUACCCACCAGUCACUGAAGACCAGCCUGAACUCGAGUGCAAUCCGCUCUCCAUCUUCCCAACAGCUUUUUUGACACCCGUACAUUCCUAUGAAGGGAAUCUUACUUUGGACACGGUGAAAAUAAACUGCAGCUCUUUCCCAAGGUAGGCGCUUAGGGUGAUAUAAGCCUGGCCUGAAUUUUUUUGCACUUAACUGAAGUAUUUCGGUGUUUCUGUACAGCCAGUCCAGGAACUUGCACGCGACACCUUUAAGUGAUAAAAAAAUCACAGUGCACAAACCUUUCCAGCACUGCAAGUCACACCGUACUGCAUAAAACAGCAGCUCAUCCACCCAGCACGUUCCGGGAGAAUUAAAGGCAGAAGCUCAGGAAUGCCAGGGCUGCGUGACCCGGCUGUCAGGGAGCUUAAUUAAUUACUCACAUGCCUUCAUGCAGCUUGGGUGCCCCAGGCCCCUGUCCUACCGCCUGAUGACAAGCAGCUUGGUCCACCCAGGAAUCAGAGAUGUGCAAACCAUCAUUUUGACCAUCACUCAACCCAGAUGAACAGGGAGUUACAGCACAGCCAGAACUCAGCAUCCCAGCUGGACCACUGUGCACAGCUGGGGAGCGACAGCACAGGGACAUCUGUACCCACUGGUGCUCAAUUUAAUGCCCACCAGCCCAAAGGUGAUUAGUCCUCCUUGCAGCCCCAGGGCUGGCACCAAGUCCCUUUGUCCCCGGUGUCACUGGCAGCUCCAGCCCAUGUGGGUACCAGGGCCAGGCUGCCAGAGGGCUCAGGUCAGGAGGGACCCUCACUAGAAAUAAAAGCAACAGGCAGUGCAGGUACACAGGAAGUCAAAUGGACUGGUGAGGAGAAUUUAAAUCAUUUAUUGAAGUGUUCUAAUUACAGGUUUGAAGUAUGUGUUACACAUCUAAUGACUUUGUUGACUACGUGUGCGUAUACAUAUAUAAAUUAAAGUGUCAGAAACC